AGGAGAAGGACUCAGCCGCGGCUGCUGGACCCGGGCACCGGGAGGCGGCGGCGGCGACAGCAGGGAGGAAGAGGAGGAAGAAGGAAAGAAAAAGAAGAGCCAGGCGGAGUCCGCAACGACGACAGCUGGGACUGCGGGACCGGGGUAGAGCGGCGGUGGCGGCGGCGGCGACAACGACGGCCCAGCAACCGUGAGGAGAAACAAAAGCCUUCUAAAUUAUAGUUUAAAAAAAACCCGGGGGAGCCGAGAGAGCGCCGGGGGGGAGGCCUUUCUCUGUAGUCUACCUGCCGUAGUGGGGUUUUCCUUCCUCCCCGCCCCCCCACCCCUGCGGAGAAUCGAACUGGGAGAACUGAACAAACCGCCCCUGGGUCCCAUGAGGGAGAAAAACCCCGGAGCCGCAGAGAGGGGAAGAGGCAGCAACCGCAGGACCUGCCCGCUCGCCCCCGUGGUCCGCGCACCCCCGGGCCGCCCGCUCGCCCUGUCCCGCUAACCCCUCCCGAUCUCAACCCGAGAGGGGCAGACGCGGGUUUCCAGCCCCUUUCAUGGGGGAGAGGAGGCCGGGGGGAGCCCGAGAACAGCGACCGCAGCAAGAUCUGCACCCGGAGCCUCGGGAACAGCCCCGGAGGCCAGAACUGCGCCCAGCGAAGGAACAGAGACAGGACCAGGAACAGCAGAAACCUCCCUGCAAUCGUCUUUCCAUUAGUCAAUGCUGAUUUUCUCUCCCGCAAUCAAGAAUUCACCUCCCGCCCCAGAUAACCUAAUAUAAUCUAUAUAUAUAAAUAUAUAAUAUAUAAUGUUCUUAAAUUAUUCCUGAUUUUUUUAACCAAGCUGCCAAGAAGAGAAGAACGUAUUCUCCCCCUUAGCACUAUUCUAAUUUUUAUGUGAGUGAAUCUAAACUGCUGAGGAAGACCAUAUGUGAUUGUUAAAUUAUAUAUAUAUAUAUAUAUAUACAUAUAUAUAUUUUUACUCCGAGCAAUGCUUAUUCUUCUACAUCCAUAGAUGCUUGAGAAGCUGUGUUUUUGUCAUUCAUGUGUAUUUUCCUUUGGAAAAAGAAAGCGCCUAUUUUACUAACCAAAGACUUGAUUUUUACCCUCUUCGUUUUUAUUCCCUCCUAGAAAUCAGCCCAAUUGGAUUCAUGUCAAUAUUAUAAGAGAUUAUUUUUAGUUGCUUUUUUUCUUCUUUCAGAGAGAGACCAGAAUUCCAAAUCAGAGCUACUUAGGGUGAUAAGCUACGAUCUUUGAGCUAGCUAUAAAUAAGAUAUUUCAAGCAAACAAACAAGCAACUUAAAUUGGAGUAGAGGAACAAAAACGGUGUGAGACAUCAGGUUGUGUUUUUUUUUUUUUUUGUGAGAUUCUGAUCCUAAAAAUAAUAAAUGGGGGAUUACGGGUUUGGAGUGCUAGUGCAAAGCAAUACUGGGAACAAAUCUGCUUUUCCAGUCCGAUUCCAUCCACAUCUGCAACCUCCACACCAUCACCAGAAUGCCACCCCCAACCCUGCUGCUUUUAUAAAUAAUAACACAGCUGCCAAUGGCAGCAGUGCUGGGUCAGCUUGGCUCUUUCCUGCUCCAGCUACCCAUAACAUUCAGGAUGAGAUCUUGGGGUCAGAAAAAGCCAAAAGUCAGCAACAGGAACAGCAAGACCCUUUAGAGAAGCAGCAGCUCUCCCCGAGUCCAGGUCAGGAAGCUGGAAUACUGCCUGAAACGGAGAAGGCAAAGUCUGAAGAAAACCAAGGGGACAGUUCUUCAGAAAACAGCAAUGGGAAGGAGAAAAUACGAAUUGAAUCACCAGUUUUGACAGGGUUUGAUUAUCAAGAAGCCACAGGGCUAGGUACUUCGACCCAACCCUUGACAUCGAGUGCAUCCUCUCUUACUGGUUUCAGUAACUGGUCAGCAGCCAUAGCGCCUUCUUCAUCUACAAUAAUCAAUGAGGAUGCAAGUUUCUUUCACCAGGGAGGGGUCCCUGCUGCUUCAGCUAAUAAUGGUGCUCUGUUGUUUCAAAAUUUCCCCCAUCAUGUCAGCCCUGGCUUUGGAGGCAGCUUCUCCCCUCAGAUCGGGCCUCUCUCACAGCACCACCCUCACCACCCUCAUUUCCAGCAUCAUCACAGCCAGCAUCAACAGCAGAGGAGGUCUCCUGCCAGCCCCCACCCGCCUCCCUUCACACACAGGAGUGCUGCUUUUAACCAGCUGCCUCAUUUGGCGAAUAAUCUUAACAAACCCCCCUCUCCGUGGAGCAGCUACCAGAGUCCCUCUCCAACCCCGUCAUCUUCCUGGAGCCCAGGAGGUGGUGGAUACGGAGGCUGGGGAGGCUCCCAGGGCCGAGAUCACCGCAGAGGGCUGAAUGGUGGAAUAACACCCCUGAACUCCAUCUCACCUUUGAAGAAAAAUUUUGCAAGCAAUCACAUUCAGCUCCAGAAGUAUGCUCGUCCCACCUCUGCCUUUGCUCCAAAAUCCUGGAUGGAAGAUAGCUUGAACAGGGCUGACAAUAUUUUUCCUUUUCCGGACCGCCCCAGGACAUUCGAUAUGCACUCCCUGGAGAGUUCACUCAUUGACAUAAUGAGAGCUGAGAAUGAUUCCAUUAAAGGUCGUCUAAACUAUUCAUACCCAGGAUCCGAUAGCUCUCUGCUUAUUAAUGGUCAGUCUUCAUUGUUCCCAAUGGAAGAUGGGUUCCUGGAUGAUGGCCGUGGGGAUCAGCCUCUUCAUGGCGGCCUUGGCUCCCCUCACUGCUUCACUCACCAGAACGGGGAACGGGUCGAGCGGUAUUCUCGCAAGGUGUUCGUGGGCGGAUUGCCUCCUGACAUUGAUGAAGAUGAGAUCACAGCUAGUUUUCGUCGCUUCGGCCCUUUGAUUGUGGACUGGCCUCAUAAAGCAGAGAGCAAAUCUUAUUUUCCUCCUAAAGGCUAUGCAUUCCUGCUAUUUCAAGAUGAAAGCUCUGUUCAGGCUCUCAUUGAUGCAUGCAUUGAAGAAGAAGGAAAGCUCUACCUGUGUGUAUCAAGUCCCACCAUCAAGGAUAAGCCAGUACAGAUUCGGCCCUGGAAUCUCAGUGACAGUGACUUUGUGAUGGAUGGUUCACAGCCACUUGACCCAAGAAAAACUAUAUUUGUUGGGGGUGUUCCUCGACCAUUACGAGCUGUGGAGCUGGCUAUGAUAAUGGAUCGGCUGUAUGGAGGUGUGUGCUAUGCUGGGAUCGACACGGACCCUGAGCUGAAAUACCCAAAAGGAGCUGGGCGAGUGGCAUUCUCUAAUCAACAGAGCUACAUAGCUGCUAUCAGUGCCCGCUUUGUCCAGCUGCAGCACGGAGAGAUAGAUAAACGGGUGGAAGUUAAGCCAUAUGUCUUGGAUGAUCAGCUGUGUGAUGAAUGUCAGGGGGCCCGUUGCGGGGGCAAAUUCGCCCCAUUUUUCUGUGCUAAUGUUACCUGUCUGCAGUAUUACUGUGAAUAUUGCUGGGCUGCUAUUCAUUCUCGUGCUGGCAGGGAAUUCCACAAGCCCCUGGUGAAGGAAGGCGGCGACCGCCCUCGGCACAUUUCAUUCCGCUGGAACUAAAGGCUACCUAACUACAGUGCUCGUUUCCAGGCCUCAGAAUAAGUGCACUCUUCGUCCUUCUGACCCUUCCUCAGCCUCUUCACGCUGGCAUGUCCUUUUGUAGCAGUGUGUAACUUAACAAUAGUAUAAUGAAAAGAGUGACCUAUGGUAUAGGUGUUUUGUAGAUCCUUGUGUCACUGCAAACAACGUGUCUGAACUCCUUUUUGUAUUGGCACCUGCUGCGUGGAAGUUCUGUUCUCUUGCUUUGCUGGAGACCAAGAGGGUCCCAACUUCCUGCAGCAUUUUCUUAGAGGAGAGAGAGAAAUAUUAACAGAGAAAUGAAACAAUAGAGUAUUUUGGGUUUUUAAUUAAAUUAUUGUUAAUAGUAUAACAUAUAAGAAUACUUUUAUUAAGAUAACCAUGCAACAAGAACACUAUCGGUCUGUUCUGACACAGUUCCCCCCAGGGAAGUGCUUCUGCCUUUUCCUUCCUUUUCUUCCUUUUUUUUUUCUCUCUCUUUUUUCCAUCCCCUUCUAAUGCUUUUAACAGCAAUGGAGGAAGUGAACAGUCACUACCAGGAAAGAGCGUGUUACAGCACACAGAUGCCUUAGCAAGGGUGAGCAGCGUUGUAAUUCAUAUUAAGGGUCCUGAGGCUGAAGAGAACUCACUCUGCCUCAGCGUUAUUA